UUGCUUUAUAAUGGAACCCUAAUGACAGUUCUCUAUCAAUCUUUAGUUAGCUCCAUAAACCUUCAAAGUUGCUAAGGUGAAACAUUAAGAAGAUGUAUCUCCAGUUUUACAUCAAUGAAAAGGGUGACAAAGUUUACACCACUAAGAAAGAGUCACCACUUGGUUUGGCCACUCAAUCUGCUCACCCAGCCCGCUUCUCGCCUGAUGAUAAAUUUUCAAGGCAAAGAGUGCUUCUGAAGAAGCGUUUUGGCUUGCUUCCAACCCAAAAACCGCCUCAAAAGUACUAGCCAUUUUUGGUGUGUCUAGUAUUGCUUUCUACUAGUAGUUAUUAGGCUUCUCUGUCUUGCCGUUGUUGAUGUGAAUCAUUAACUAAUGUGUUGUAACUCAGAUUGUAUGUCAGCAAUUCAAACCUACAUCUCUUAUUGAUGUUUUUUUCGGUUUA